GUGGGGGAGGGGGCGCGCAAUUCUUCCUACGUUCCCUUCAUUCUUUUAUUCCGAACAUUCUUCCCGCGUUCAGAAAACAGACCCCCCCUCUCCUUAACUCUUUCAGACUUUCUUUCGUACUCCUCCAUUUCCCUGUCCCCUAAACAUCAUGGGGGUCCUCUGUUUCGAAGGGAGGUUCGCGGCUCCAACCCAGAAAAGUAGUGAGCCGUUCAAGUCGCUCCUCCGCCAGGACACACCCCUCCCCCGUCCUCAAUUGGGUUCGCGCCCAGAGCCUGGUAGUCAGCCGCGUCACGCUAGCGCCCCCAGCUGGGCAGAGUCUUCAUGCAUAAGGAUCUCCCCUGUCUGGAGACUCCCGACUUGGCCCCGCCCCGUUUCCAUCUCGUGCAGGCCUUUCCGCUAGGGCUCCGCCCCCUCCCUUCCUCGGGCUACCGCCCUCAAUGAACUCCGCCCGGGUCUCCCGCGCUCCUCGGGGCUUUGGCUCCACCCUUCCCAGCCCCCGGGAUCCCGCUCUCCUAGCCCCACCCUCCCCGGGAGGCUCGCUCCAGACUCCUUUGCGCCACCAGUUAAAUUCCAGCUGCUGGGAGCCCUUGGGCUGUAGUCGGGACGCUGUGGUUCCUCCUAUUUCUACUUCUUUUCUUCCUCACUCUUAGCUCCAAGGUUUCCCCUGUUCUCUUGGAGACUAGAGAGUGCAGAAACUGCGGCUCCGGCUUUCGUGUGUCCCAUAUUUCGCAUCCCGAGUAGCUGCAGGACAUCCCGAGAGACUAUGACUUCCUCCGAUGUGGCGCGGCACACGAUCUAUCAGUCUCUUGGGGGAAUGAAAACAUGUUCUACCUCACAAUCAAGCAAAGAAGAAGAUGAUACUCCUCGUUGUUUAAAUAUUACUGGCCAUGUUGGUUUUGAAAGUUUACCUGAUCAGUUAGUCAACAGAUCCAUUCAACAAGGGUUUUGCUUCAACAUUCUUUGCGUGGGGGAAACUGGAAUUGGAAAAUCAACUUUGAUUGACACAUUGUUUAAUACAAAUUUUGAUGACCUUGAAUCUUCACACUUUCACCCAAAUGUAAGACUUAAAGCACAGACAUAUGAGCUCCAAGAAAGCAGUGUUCGGUUAAAACUGACUAUUGUCAAUACAGUAGGAUUUGGCGACCAGAUAAAUAAAGAAGAGAGCUAUCAACCAAUAGUUGAUUACAUAGAUGCUCAAUUUGAGGCUUAUCUCCAAGAAGAACUGAAGAUAAAAAGGUCUCUCUUUAACUACCAUGAUUCUCGCAUCCAUGCCUGCCUUUAUUUUAUUUCACCUACGGGACAUUCCCUUAAGACACUUGAUUUAUUAACCAUGAAGAGCCUUGAUAGUAAGGUAAAUAUCAUACCUGUGAUUGCCAAAGCAGAUACAAUAUCUAAAACUGAAUUACAGAAGUUUAAGAUCAAACUGAUGAGUGAAUUGGUCAGCAACGGAGUCCAAAUAUACCAAUUUCCAACAGAUGAUGAAACUAUUUCUCAAAUUAACUCCUCAAUGAAUGGACAUUUGCCAUUUGCUGUUGUGGGCAGUAUGGAAGAGGUCAAACUUGGAAAUAAGAUGGUGAAAGCUCGUCAGUACCCAUGGGGCAUUGUUCAAGUGGAAAAUGAAAAUCAUUGUGAUUUUGUAAAGCUCCGUGAAAUGCUUAUUUGCACAAAUAUGGAGGACCUAAGAGAACAAACCCAUACUCGACAUUAUGAACUUUAUAGGCGAUGCAAACUGGAGGAAAUGGGUUUUAAAGAUGUAAGUCCAGAAAACAAACCUGUCAGUCUUCAGGAGGCCUAUGAAAUCAAAAGACAUGAAUUUUAUGGUGAACGUCAAAGAAAAGAAGAGGAGAUGAAACAGAUGUUUGUGCAGCGAGUGAAGGAGAAAGAAGCGAUCUUGAAAGAAGCUGAGAGAGAGCUGCAAGCCAAAUUUGAACAUCUUAAAAGACUGCAUCAGGAAGAAAGAAUGAAACUUGAAGAAAAGAGAAGGUAUUUGGAUGAAGAAAUAAGUGCUUUUGCUAAAAAGAAAGCUGCAUCUGAGUUACUCCAAAACCAGUCUUUAAAUGCAUCUGGUACCAGUGUGAAGAAAGAAAAGGAUCGUAAGAACUCCAGUUUUAUGUAAUACAGAAGUUCCAGAUCUAUGUAGCAAAGAUGAUUACACAAGAGAAAAAUCAAAGCCUAUUUCUAAACACAAUGUUUUCUUAU